CACUGAUCAACAGAAGGAGUCGAAGAUGUCGGCUCGGUCAUGUGAUCAGCUGUGUCCAAUCACAGCUGAUCGCAUGGCACUGAUGAUCAAUGUGCCCUGAUGAUCAGUGUAGCCCAUCAGUGCCAGCUGUCAGUGCUCAUCCAUGCCACCUGCCAGUACCCAUCAGUGCCACAUCAAUGCCACAUAUCAGUGCCUACCAGUGCAUAUCAAUGCCACAUAUCAGUGCCCAUCUGAGCUGCCUUUCAGUGUCACCCAUCAGUGCCAGUCAGUACCACCUAUCAAUGCCAAUCAGUGCCACCUAUCAGUGCCAGUCAGUGCUGCCUAUCAGUGCCAGUCAGUGCCGCCUAUCAGUGUGCAUCAGU